AUGAGUAGUAUUCCAAAGAUGGACAACCUUGAAGAUGCGAAGAAGGAGCUGAAAGAAUUGAAGAGAGAAAAAGAGAAAAUAUCCAGUGAGUGGCAGUUCUGAAGGUGCAAAUGUCUUGUUGAUGCCAGAGGUCAAAAGAGAAUGGCCAGACUGGUUCAAGCUGAUUGAACGGCAACAGUAAAUAACCACUCGUUACAACCGAGAUAUGCAGAAGAGCAUCUCUGAAUGCACAACACGUCGAACCUCUAGGCGGAUGGGCUACAGCAGCAGAAGACCACACCGGGUGCCACUCCUGUCAGCUAAGAACAGGAAACUCAGGCUACAGUUCGCACAGGCUCACCAAAAUUGAGACAACAGAAGAUUGGAAAAACAUUGCCUGGUCUGAUGACUCUUGAUUUCUGCUGCGACAUUCGGAUGAUUAAAGUUGAGAAAGCUGAUGACGUGAAAGCCAGGAUGAUUCUGGAAAAACUGGACGAAGAUGAAUUAAAGGAGAAUGCCAAACAAGAAAUGAUGGCUAAAGCUGAAAAGCAGGAGUCUUGCCAGAAAGAAUUCAAUCAAGAUUUGGAAAAAGUCAAGGAUGAAAUCCAGAAGCUUUCUAAACACAGACAAGAUAUAUUGGAUAAACUGAGGCGAUGUAAAGCUCAAUUGGAGGCUAAGAGAACCGAGGCUUCAAAACUGAAGCACAAAUUCAAGAUCUAUGCCCAGAUUCCUGAGACAGAAGUGAAGUUUCUGUCUCUUAUCAGAGAGGAGAAUGGGGAGGGAGAAGACAUCAGUCAUUCAGUGAGAGGAGUGUUUACCAUCAGCCAGAGAGCUGCAGUUCUCCUACUAGGAGGGCAGGCUCUCAUCACUUUUGAGGAAGAGAAAGUGGCUCAAAAAAUCCUGAAGCUCCCUGGUUGCCGUGUGUCCUGUGAAGACACCACCCUGAAUGUGAAACCAAAAGGACUUACCUUGGGAACAUCUGUGAAGUUUGAGGUCCAUGUGGAUGUGUCCAGAAAAGAGCUGAAAGUAUACAACAUCCCCCCUGCCAUGCCGGAGGACAGAAUGGAGGACCGUCUGGAGAUCAGCUUUUCCAGACCAACCAGGGGAGGAGGAGAAGUGGAAAGUGUGGAUUACGAUGGCAAGACUGGAACUGGGUCCAUUACAUUUUUGAAACCUGGAGUUGCCUGGAGGUUGGCCAGAAAAGGAGUGUACAAAGUAAAUCUUGAAUCUGAAGUUAAUGUCAAGGUUGGACCAGCGUAUGAGUACAAGUUGGAGAAGUUUCAAACAUCAUGCGGUUCAUCAAGGCGAACCGUUCUUCUGGAAGGCAUUGAUAAUGUGGAGGAUGAGGAGGACCUGCAGGACCACCUGGAAAUUCAUUUUCAGAAGCCCAACAACAGUGGUGGUGAAAUUGAAAACAUCAAGUAUAUUUCUAAGGGAAAGUCUCUCCAGGCAUUUUUCAGUGAGGACAAAAUAGACAUAACCAACUAAAGUUAGUUGGAAGUAGUCAUCUUCAGCAGUAUGUGAGUUUUCAGGAAGAGAGGAAGAGCCUGACUCCAUGGUCUGUUCAGUGGUAAAAACAGAAAAUCAUUUUAGUUUUGACACUUGGAAAUGUUAUUUGGUUACGGUGAUAUUUUCUUUAUGUUCUGGAAAAGCGGGUGUAGGUUUGAUUUUAGUAUAUAUAAGUUACUAUGCUUACACAAUCUGUAGAUAUGAACUGGGUUUCCAGACAGAAACUACGUAUGUUCAGUAACCAUGUGACAUCUCAACCCUGACGAGCUAAAAUUACAUCUAUGGAAUAUUGAUCUUAAUGUAAUUUAUGACAUAACAGGUAUUGGCAGCCAGUUUCUAAAGUGUUUAAAGUAUACUUCAGCACUAAUUUAAGCAUAAAUUAUGUAUUAUAUGAAUAUAUGGUGGUAAAUUACCCUCACUAGGGAUGACAGAUAUUUUGCAUACUGUGUAAAAAGCAAAAAUCAGACUUUUUGCCUGGGUUAUCACCAAGGUUUAAGCUUCUACUUGUUAUUGUCUCUUCUGCCCUGUUUAUGAUGCCUAUUAAAAUAUAAAGACUACGUCAGUAGAA